AUGCAGGACUGCGAGUUUAUAACGCAAAGGAAAACUGCUAGAAACUUUUUAAAAACUUUAAGAAAGGAACUAAAGCUGGCAUUAGACGAAGAAGGUUACAGAUUAUCGCAGAAAAAUACUGCUUCUAGAGAAGACGAGAAGUUUUUUCGCCAUUUUCGCAAUUUGACAGUUCACUUGCUCAAGGAAAGUGAUAAACUGCCGACAGAUAUCGCGCAGUGGUUCGACUAUGAGAAAUUGAAAAUGGAAUGCUUACGAAGGCACGAAGAACUGACCUAUAUGAUGGAGAACAGAAAUAAAGUCGGGGAGAACUCUCUGGCUAGGUCACGCAGAUCAAUUCGCGCCAAUUUUAUAGUACCGGGAACGAAGUGGUGUGGCGCCGGCCAGCUAGCUGAGUCCUACAACGAACUGGGCACAGAUAAAAAAGAGGAUCGAUGCUGUAGAGCUCACGAUAACUGUAGAAAGAACAUCGGCCCAUUCAAGAGAAGAUACGGACUGUUCAACUUUAGGCCGUAUACUAUAUCAUAUUGCCGGUGCGAUAGGAGACCGAAACGGGACGCGAUGGAACUCCUUCGUGUGCCUGGAACGAAAUGGUGUGGAAAGGGUUUUUCUGCGACUAAAUAUUCGCAGCUCGGUGGUUACACAAGGACCGAUAGGUGCUGCAGGACACACGAUUUGAGAUGUCCCUUCUGGAUCGGCGGUAUGGAGAAAAAGUACGGGCUGUAUAACUGGCGCGUGAACACACUGAUGCAUUGUCGUUGCGACGAAAGCCAAGAAAAGUCCACCUGCUUAGUCUAUGGUUUCCGUGUCAUUACGCGCGAUUUUAGAAAUUUGAACGACGGCGCGCCGCACUGCCGUUUGCCUGUUGCUAAACUACCAAAUUGUAGGGGAGAAAAGAGAUGGGGAGUUAAUUUACUGUCUCUUACUUACGAGAGUGUGAAGAUAACACGCACGAUUGAUUUGCCACAUGUUUUUGUUUAG